UCCUCCUCCCCUCUGCGCAUGUGCGCACCAGCAAGGAGUGCGCACCUCGCCCACAAUGCACUGCGAUAAACAACCAAGAUGGCGGAGGAAGAAGAUGGAGGAGGUGACCAGCUGGACAACCGGUUGCUGCCGGAGCCAGAUGAUGAAGAUGAGUUCGCUGAGAUGGAAGUUGAAGACCAUGACAGCGAGGAGGCUGAAAAACCAAGCAUAAUCAAUUUUGAUCCCAGUCUACCUACUGCACACUCUUACUUGGGAAUGGACAUGGAAGAGUUUCACGGCCGUACUGUGCAUGAUGAAGAGAGUAGUCCAACCAUCCCGGUCCUCCCUCAUGUAUCUGUUAUUCUUAUUCCUGGGCAAACAUUACCACUGCAGCUUUUUCGUCCUCAAGAAGUAUCCAUGAUGCGAAACCUGAUUCAGAAAGACAGGACAUUUGGAAUCCUGGCAUACAGUGAACGUUCUGACAGUGCUCCAGAAUUUGGAACCACAGCAGAAAUUUAUGAAUAUAGGGAAGAACAAGAAUAUGGAAUUGAAACUGUAAAAGUGAAAGCUGUUGGGCGUCAAAGGUUUAAAGUUCUUGAAGCAAGAACUCAAACCGAUGGAACUCGGGUGGCAAAAGUUCAGAUCCUGCCAGAAUGGGUGCUUCCUUCAAGUGUAUCAGGAGUUCAACUUAAUUCACUUAACAGACUUCAUAUGUUUGUCUCAAAUAAGCCACCUGCAUGCCGGUUAAAGCAAACUCAAAAGUGGUGGCAGAAAUACCAAAAGAGAAAUUUCCACUGUGCGAAUCUGACUUGGUGGCCUCCAUGGGUGUAUUCUUUGUAUGAUGCAGAAAUACUAAUGGAAAGAAUGAAAGCACAACUCCGAGAAUGGGAUGAAAAUCUCAAAGAUGACUCCCUUCCCUCAAAUCCUAUAGAUUUUUCUUAUAGAGUUGCUGCUUGUUUGCCUAUUGAUGACACCUUAAGAAUAGAGCUUCUUAAAAUUGGUAGUGCUAUUCAGCGGCUCCGUUGUGAAUUGGAUCUGAUGGACAAAUGUACAUCUCUUUGUUGUAAAAGAUGCCACCACACAGAGAUAACCACAAAAAAUGAAAUAUUCAGCUUAUCAUUAUAUGGACCCAUGGCUGCCUAUGUGAAUCCUCAUGGUUAUGUACAUGAAGCCCUCACCGUAUAUAAAGCUAACAACCUGAAUUUAAUUGGUCGACCAUCAACUCAGCAUAGCUGGUUCCCUGGCUUUGCGUGGACUAUAGCCCAGUGCCGUACUUGUGGAAGUCAUAUGGGUUGGAAGUUUACAGCAACUAAGAAAGACCUGUUGCCUCAGAAAUUCUGGGGAUUAACACGGGCAGCUCUGCAACCCAGGAUACCAGAAAUGGAUGAUGAAAGUCAACAGGAAGGAUGUUGGCAACCAUGUCGUUAAUAUGUGUGUGUAUAUGUAUGUGUGUACAUAUGUAUUUUAUAUAUAGAUAUAAAUAUCUAUAAGUGAAUAGCACUGUAGUUACUUGUGCCAAAGAACCUCUAGUUCUUAUCACAGAGUUAUUCAAGAAAAUAAUAGCAAACUGAGUGGCAUGCAUGACAUGGCUCUGAUGGAUCUACUGACUUAAACAUUAAAAUAACCUGAUUCAAAAUCAAGUGAAUGACGUAGCACCACCAUAUGAAAUAUUGACGCAGAUUGUGACAAUAAAUUAUUGUUGUAAACAAUUCGCCCCAGAUCAGGUGCAGUGAUUGAAUAAAGGUUAUCUUUUGGAGAAAAAAAAUAACUUUGUAGUUAACAACUAAAAGAAGUAUUGCUUGGAAUUUGGAUAAGCCAUAUGAAGUUCUGAGAUACUUAACCAUUUGCUGUACCAAGGAAGAUUUACCAUACAGCUUUUGACAGCGCCCUACACUGGCAAUUUUUCCUCUAUUUUAGGUUGACAUGUAUUUUUAACUAAGGUUAUAUUUCAAAUUUCUAUUUGCAGCAUUUGUUGUUGAAUUCUGCAUUAUAUAUUAACAUGUUUUUUUGUAAAAUUACUCCAGUUAAAAGGCCCCUCGAUUGAAUGAAUAACUUUCUUCCAUGAUCUGACUGCAUAUCAACUGGCUUCUUGACUGGAACCACCAGUGUAAUUGCAUUCCCAUGGAUGAAUGCUGGAUUAGUCAUUGUGUUGGCUUAUUUCCUCUUAAGCAAACAAGUAAAGGAACAGAGCAUUGGGAACCUAAUCAGAUUAGUUUUACAUGUAGAUCUUUUGGCUUUCCCUUCUCGGAACAUACGUUAUGAUAUUGGGUACGUCCCCUCUAUUUCUUCUUCCAUUCAUAGUAAUAGAUUGCGGGAAUGCCUCCCCAAGUUAUGGUUAUAUGUUCUCAGUGGGAGAGUUUGUGUAGUAUGCUUCCAUAAAAUUAGCACCCAAAACUGCAAUGAUUUUUUAAAAGCAAUAUGCUGUUCACAAUACAAUUAAGAAGUUAUCAUAUUUAAAUUUUGCAUGUAUGCCUAAUGAGAAAUCUAUUGAUCAUUACCUUAGUGUUCUUUUAAGGUGAUUGAUAACUCCCUAAUAUUUUAUAAGAUGGCAACAUUCAGAUGUCCUUUUUGAUAAUAAUUUUGCAUAAUUCUGGGAGUUGACCUGCAACAAGAUUAUUCUAACAACUUAAUGCUUCAAUCGCAGCUUUUCAAUAAAUCUACAGUUAUUCUGCUGAGGCUGCUGAAAAAUUAUAAUCUGCUGUAACCAUUUUCAUAGUAGCUGGUAUUUAUAGACCAGAAUUUGUGAAGUGGUCAACAUGUUAAUAAGGCACUACAGUGCUGUUCUUUGUUUUCAUUCUGGCAAAUUACUAAGUUCCUAGUAAAUGGUGUUAUAAUGAGAUCUAUUUUUCUUGAGAUAGUUGUAAAUAAUGGGAUUUACUGCGUGUUUAGUAAUUGAGAAUCAGUGUUGAAGGCAUUAUUUUAAUUGUAGGUGCUUUGAGAAGCAGUGCUCUUUUCAGUAACACAAGCUUGUUUUUUUGUCAGAUUCCGUUGAAAGAAAUUUAUACUGUUCUUUGCAAAGCAAUUGGAAAGGAGCUAAGAUACAACUGAAAUGAUUAGAGGUUUUGGAGACAUUAACUUUAACAGAAUUUUGCAGAGUUCUUUUGUAAUGCUAACCUACUUCCAUAAUUUUAUAUUUAAUGAACAAAUUAAAGUAAUAAUGUUUUGUAAUAUUGAAGCAUUUUGCAAGACAAUUUUGCCUUCUGUUCAACAAAGAGAAGUAUUGGUAAAACUGUGACCAACAAAUGUUCUUAAAUUGUAGUGUGGUGAGUUUAAAUCUUGCUCUGUAUUCUUGGAUGCUGAGUUGAAUUUACAGCCAUCUUCACAACAAUGCAGGUUAUUGUGCUGUAGCCUGUAAUCUAACUGUUUCAGUGCAACAUCCAAAGCAUCUAAAAAUGGAACAGAUAACAGGUUCACUUUUGAUAUGAUUGGAAAAAAUGUGGUACAUUUGAAGUGCAUCUGCUUAAUCUGAGCCAUUGGAAGCUUAUUGGAGAAUGAAGGCUUUCAUUUUGUGGUAAUUUUAUAUUUACAUUUAAAGAUAUUUGAAAGUUGAACUGGAUGCAUUGCCUUUACCCUUUAAAUUUGUAACAGAAUGCAAUAAAGAAGAAAAAGGUCAGAAAAUGAUCAAGUUGCAUUUUGGAAGCUAAGUUUUGAAGGAUCUAUAAUAAUUCCAUCAGCUUUGUGACCUGAGUAUUUCCAGGAUUUAAAAGUCUUAUUUCCAACUUCUGCAGUAUUUUGCUUUCUGUUCAUAUAUUUAAGCUUACAGUGAUAUUUGAAAAAUUCACCGGUUACCAAAGAGAACAGUCAUUUUGAAACUUCAGUGAAUAUUCAUUUGGAAUUCAGUUUCAUUUCAGUGAAGGAAAUGCUCACUGGCAGAGAUGAGGUGGGAACAAUAAUGAACUGGGAGUCCUUAAAACCUGUAUUGCUAAAGAAUUCUUUUCUGUAUUAAAUCUAAGCAUGGUUGUGGUGGUUUCAGUUCCAGUUAUUGUUUUUAUACAGUAUCUGUUUAUUGCAUUGUUCCUCUCUCUGCAAACCAUCUCAAACCAAGAAAUGCAUUUAGAUUUUUUAAUCUGACAUGAAAAUGGUUGCAAAGUGACCUCAGCAAGUCCAGACAGAUUACUUUUCUCUGAGCAGUAGGAAAACACAGUGUUGGUUGAGAAAUGGUUUACAAAUUGUGAUGGAGAGUUCAAGUUCUUUAUAGGUACAUUGGAACACAUGCUAGAUGAUUCAUAAUAUCCUGAUAGUUUGAUAAACCAGACUUCGCAAGUC